AAAGGUGAAAAGUGAAAACGCAGAGAAAUAAUUUCUCAGAGAGAAGGGCCAAGGGCCUUAUCUACUUCUUCGGCUAGAACACUCACAGCAUCUGAGAAAAGUCACACGGAAAACCAGCCAUGUUCAAUCUUUCCACUGCAAUUGUCCUUCCCAAAUCCUUAUCUACAUUCCCCAGAUCUAGCUUCUCCGGCUUCCAAAUCCGCCACACAUGUCCCCUCCCAAUUUCGGUACCUGCCAAAAUGACGCGGUCUUUUUCUGGAAACUCGCUCCCCUCGGUUGUAAUGAUGGCGAAGAGAGAAGAAGAAAUGAAGGAAAUCAGGGGUAUGUCCACUGAGCAAAUUAAUGAGGAGGUGGUUGAUCUUAAAGGCGAACUCUUCAUGCUUCGGCUUCAGAAAUCGGCACGCAAUGAGUUCAAGUCUAGCGAGUUCCGCCGCAUGCGCAAAAGGAUUGCUCGUAUGCUUACUGUUAAACGGGAAAGAGAGAUUGAUGAGGGGAUCAACAAGAGGUUGUCAAGAAAGUUUGAUCGGCAAUGGAAGAAAAGCAUUGUUGUGAGGCCACCUCCAUCUUUGAAGAAGAUGCAAGAGGAAGAAGCAGCUGCAGAAGCUGAGAAAUCUGCAUGAGCCAAUAUAUAUAAUUAUGCAUAUCUCAAUGAACAUAUUUUAGUUUCAUGAUAUGUAAUGCUUCCUAGAUCAUUGAUUAGUUUUUUUGUUAACUAUUGUUUUCAAAGUAUUGGGGGUAGUGGGGUUGUUAUUGGUCUAAUUUGAAUCCUAGCUUACACUCUGGCAGUACUAAUUCUGUGUUACUGUUC